AUGUUUGCUCGUCAGUUGUCGUAUUCUAGGCAACGUCUUUCUCGUCCUGCUCGUCUUUAUUCAACUCCCACAAAGACAGCAAAUGCCCCUGCUACCGCAUUCGCCCAAGUCCCUCUCCCCCAUCCAGAUUAUACUUCCCUGUUGGCUCAGAAGGAAGUACCAGCAAACCACCUUGUAGCUAUGAACGGCUUUCUGAAGCGCAGAACCCCGUACACAAUCCUGCCAACCCCUCUUCCAGAUGACCGUGCUUCAGCUUUGAACAGCUUCUACUUCACUGAUUCUCCAACUCAGGACCAGCUUGCUGUCAUGGAUGCAUGUUUGCAUAACCUGUAUGACGUUCCCCGUGCAAAGCAGAUCUUCGAGCAGCUUAGAACCACCAAGUCCCACGAACCCUUGCUCGAGUCUCGCAUAUACAAUUCUUUCUUGGAGGCCUAUAUCCACAUGGCAUUUGUCAAGGAGCCCGAAGAUAGAACUUUGUGGGUCGAGGAUGCGUGUCACCUUUACGACCUCAUGGAAAAGGGUACAGAUAGAGUCCACCCGACCGCGUCUACAUAUGCUAUAAUGCUGUUAGCAUGGAGACGAUUUAGUCCCGAGUCUGACACGCCCGUCCACCUCUCCGACCUGCCCAACCCGACAACCCUCCUUAGCAACCUCAUAGAGCGAGACAUUUCACCUACUGCUGUCGUCGCCGAUCGCGUUUUGGCAUCGUCAGAAGAAGCCUCAGAGAUCAUAAAACUCCUCUCCAAAUCUGCAGUAGAUCUCAAUCAUCCUCGUAUAUUGGCUGAACUUGGUCAGGCAGAAUUCCUUGGGAGUCAUGUCCCAGACCCAUUGGAGGGCGUCCCGGAGGUCAAGCCUGUCCUACGACUCGCUACACCCUCCGAAGAGACCUUAGAUGAAAACGGGAAUGUAAUACCUGCACAGUCUGAGGAAGAAGUUCCCUUCAACCUCGAUAACCUCCGCAAACACUUGGCUCAGGUUACCCUUGCACGACGCGUCCUCCCAGAAGACCUCGCUUCCCGACAGAAACUGCUAGAAGAAUCGGUUUACGACGUUGCAGUAGAGCGCCUCCGUCAUGAAGCCAAACUUUUUGACGAGCUAGGUUUAGGCAACCGCGAACUUCAUCAUGCAGAUUUACAAAAGUGGAUGUGGGACUGGCAUCAAAAGCUCAAAACGCGUCUCGAGGCAGAAAUACAAGAGAUCAUCGUUGCGGAGGCAAAAAUAUCUACAAGCAAUCAAGUUCAACGAAUGGGCCCCUUCCUCUCCCUUGUUAAGCCCGAGAAACUUUCCCUUAUCACUAUCCUUGAGAUCAUGCGCCUCCAAGGCAGCGGCGGUGUCUCAGAUGGGAUGAAAACUGCUCGGGCGCUCCUCACCGUCGGGCGUGCUGUCGAGAAUGAGUACAAAGCUGAGAUGUGCAAGCGCAACCAUAUCGCCAUCCCUUCCCAUGCACGCCCAGGCGAGUUUACUGGUUAUUUCACGGGCCUCGGGUACAAGGACUUGCAUGCGCGCCGGAUGACGGCUGCAAAGUACAUGGAGGACAGCGAGGAGUGGACAUCAGAGUGGACGCAGGUACUUAGGGUGCGCGUUGGGAGUAUCCUCGUAGACUGUCUGAUGGAUUCUGCGACGAUCGAGCGGACUGCUGUUGAUAAGCGCACCAACGAGGAGAUUAAAGAGAAUCAACCAGCGUUCUACCAUGCGUAUGAAUAUGUGCGCGGGCAGAAACUCGGUGUCAUUCGGUUAAAUCCUGUGGUUUCGGAACGCAUCGCAAAAGACGGCUUGCGCGAAACGCUUCACCCGCGUCAUCUACCCAUGCUCGUCAAGCCCAAGCCUUGGCUCAACCAUGACCGGGGUGGAUAUCUCUACAAUCGAUCUGCCGCUAUGCGUUUCAAAGACUGCCAAGAACAGCAAACCUACCUGGAGCAUGCAACCUCACUCGGUAAUGUGGAGCUCGUGUAUGCAGGACUUGACGUUCUCGGUAGCACACCUUGGAAGAUUAACCGGAACAUUUUCGACAUCGUACUCAAAGUCUGGAAUUCUGGUGAACGGCUGUGCAAGAUCCCCCCAGCAGCAUACGACCAGCCAGAGCCAGAAAAGCCCCUGAACAUGAAUACGGAUAUCAAAGCCAAGAGCGUGUACGGGGCGCGUCUCAAGGCGUUCAUGCAGGACAAAGCGAACAAUCAUUCUGACCGGUGUAGCGUCAACUAUAAGAUCGAGAUUGCACGCGCUUUUCUGGGUGAUACGAUGUACCUUCCUCACAACCUCGAUUUCCGGGGACGCGCGUAUCCUAUUCCUCCACAUUUCAACCACAUCGGUGAUGACCUCAGUCGUGGGCUGCUAAUGUUCGGUGAAACGCAGCCCCUCGGCGAACAAGGCUUGCGGUGGCUCAAAAUUCACCUUGCAAACUUGUAUGGGUUCGACAAGGGGAACUUUGACGAGCGCGUCAAGUUCGUGAUGGAUCAUCUUGAGGAUGUGUAUGAUAGCGCUGAAAAGCCUCUCGAUGGUAACAAAUGGUGGACGAAAGCUGAUGAUCCCUGGCAAUGUCUCGCAACAUGCAUGGAACUGCACGCGGCGCUCGAAUCAGGCGAUCCACACGCAUACAUGUCGUCCCUCCCGGUGCAUCAGGACGGGACGUGUAACGGGCUACAGCACUACGCUGCUCUUGGUGGUGAUGUUAAAGGUGCUGCGCAAGUUAAUCUGAGCGUGACCGACCGACCGUCAGAUGUGUAUACGUACGUUGCAAACAUGGUGGAGAAGGUGCUCGAGGAAGAUUUGAAAAAUGGCGAUAAGUAUGCAGCUAUGCUUUCUGGUCGCGGUUUCGAGAAAAGUGGUCAAGCAAACUGUGAUGACUACGGUCUGAAGGAUAGGAAGGAUAUUCCAGAGGAAGAGUGUUGGGGUGCUAGUGCUUACCUCGCCAAGAGGGUGCUCGUUUGCAUCGGUGAUCUGUUCUCAGGAGCUAAAGCCAUUCAAACUUGGCUGAACCUCUGCGCCCGUCUGAUCUCCAAGUCUAUCCCAGCCGAGCGCGUCCCAGACGCAUUGCAAGCUCCCAAAGGACGCAAGAAGAACGGUUCUUCGCUCCCCAAGAAUCGUAUCAGGAAAGAACAGAUGUCGUCCGUCGUGUGGACGACGCCCCUCGGCCUGCCCAUCAUACAGCCCUACCGUAAGACGAAGCGCAAGCAGGUCAUGACGUCCAUUCAAAGCGUGUUCAUCUCUGACCCUAAUGCGCCUGCCGAAGUGAACGCUGUCAAGCAGGCGUCUGCAUUCCCGCCCAACUUCAUUCAUAGUCUCGAUGCUACUCAUAUGAUGUUGACCGCCCUUGAGUGUCCGCACCCAGGGGCUAACAUGUCUGAAAUCAUCCGAGACACGUUCAUUGCGCUGCAUUCUUCUGAUGUGCUUGAGAAAUUGGCCACAGAGUUCCGGACUCGAUAUGCAUCCCACAAGAUUCCCCUGACAUCGCUUCGCAGCGGGAAGCUCUUGAAGAACCUCCAAGCUGCAGGCGUGCGUAUUGUGGCGUCGUCUGAACAGGCAAAUGCGCUCCGUCUAGGCGGGUUUGACAACAUCAUGGAUGUUUCAGACGAAGAAGCUGGAUCCAUCGCCCAGAUUUCAAAGAAAACGGAGACUGAGGCUCCGAAGCUCACGCAGACUGAGACUCCAAAGCCCAAAACAGGAAAACGCGGCCGACCCGUAAAAAACGUGGUCAUGAUCGAAUGCGCCCAAAAUGAUGUGUCGGCAGUUAUGGACCAUGAGGAAGGUGAUGAUGACUGUGUGGGCGAGGACGACGUUGAUUCGAUUCUGGUGGAUAAAUUCGUUGAUUUGAGCGCUAUACUUCCGCCUUUGCCGAAGAAAGGUGACUUCGAUGUGGAGACGAUCAAGCAGUCGCAAUACUUUUUCUCGUAA